AUGACAAACAUAAUAAGAUUCUUGCUCAUGGGAUUCCCUGAUGAUCAGGUGCUACAGAGACUUUAUGCUGCAUUCCUCUUCCUGGUUUACCUAGCAGCACUAAUGGGGAACCUCCUCAUUUUCACCCUCACCACCAUUGACCAGCAUCUUCAAUCCCCCAUGUUUUUUUUCCUAAAGAAUUUGUUUGAUAUCUGUUACAUUUCUGUCACUGUCCCCAAAUCUGUCAUGAACCCUUUGACCAACAGCCAUUCCAUCUCUUUCAUAGGAUGUGCCUCACAAGUUUUCCUUGUUAUUUUUCUUGCUGGCACAGAAUAUGCCCUUCUCCUAGUGAUGUCCUAUGACCGCUAUGCUGCCAUCUGCUGUCCUCUGCACUAUGAGACCAUCAUGAAUAGAGGUGCCUGUGUGCAGAUGGUGACAGCAUCAUGGUUUAGUGGGUGUGUCUAUGGAUCCAUUCAUGCUGCAGGAACAUUUUCUGUUCGUUUCUGUGGUUCCAACAUAGUGCACCAAUUCUUUUGUGAUGUCCCAUCACUGCUCACACUUGUUUGUUCUGGACAGAAAACUCUAGAAUAUGCAUUUAUAAUUUGUAGUUGUUGUUUUGGGUUUAUAUGUUUUAUUUUAUUGAUUGUAUCCUAUGUUCACAUUUUUUCUACCGUUCUAAGAAUCCCAUCUGCAAAUGGGAGAGUGAAAUGUCUUUCCACCUGCCUGUCCCACCUCACCGUGGUGACACUGUUUAUCCUUUCUGGAAGCAUCACAUAUUUAGCUAAAAAUUUUAAAUCUUCAUCUUCAGUGAAAGUGUUGAUAUCAGUGCUUUACACUGUGUUACCCCCCAUCAUGAAUCCUAUCAUCUACAGCCUCAGAAACUGGGAUGUGCAAAUGGCCUUGGGCAAACUGAUAUCUGGGAAACUGUUCAGGAUACCUUUUUAA